AGAACCAGGGGAUCGUCCCUCCCUCCCUCUCUCCCCACCCUCCUUUCCCACCCCAAUCCAAUCACGUCACACUCCAUCUCCUCCGCCCCUCUUUCCAAGAUUCUCCCCACCAUCGCCAAAAAGAUCGGCGGCGAGACGAGAGAGCGAAAGGCCGGCGAAAAGGGACCCUGCAAGGGGCAGCUCGGUGCCGUGAGCCGAGAGGAGAGGCCGGUCCACCGAUUGAUCGAUUCCGUUUCCAUAUCGCUCCCCGGACCCCGAGAUGGGAUUUUGAUGCCGGAUUCUCCCCCGCUUUCUUUAUCUCCAAUUUUGUUCUUCUUCUUGCUAUGUCCCUCGUGGGGUUUCCAGCUUCCAACUGGAACUUUUCGUCGUUAUAGAGGCUUCGCUCCUGCUGUCCUUCCGCCCCUUCAAUCUCGCACUCCAACCUCCGGUGGUCGGCUGUGUUCUUCCGAUUUCAGAGCAGCUCGCCAUUUUCGCCGGAGACUGCUGCUGCUGCUGUCGUCCGACAUACUCUGUUCUUGAUUCCAAUUUCUUUUCCCGGCCGGGCGACAAAGUGGUUGUUCUUGGCAUAAUUCUAGCACAAAUGGACGACGGGGUGGACCUCCCGAGCCAAUUCCUCUUCCCCCACCCGGAGAUGCCGGGCACGUUCGGCGACCUCCUGGGCGACGCCGCCGCCGCGACCUGCACCCACACGCACACCUGCAACCCUCCGGGCCCGUCGGCCGCCACGCACACGCACACCUGCCUGCACACCCACACCCACCAGCUCUUCGCCGCCGGCAGCGAGGACGACGACGCGGCGAGGCCCCGCCGGCCGCUGGGGAACCGGGAGGCCGUGCGCAAGUACCGGGAGAAGAAGAAGGCGCACGCCGCGUUCCUGGAGGAGGAGGUCAAGAAGCUCCGCGCCGCCAACCAGCAGCUCCAGCGCCGGCUGCAGGGCCACGCCACGCUCGAGGCCGAGGUGGCGCGGCUGAGGGGCCUCCUCUUCGACGUCCGGGCCAAGAUCGACGCGGAGGCCGCCGGCGCCUUCCCGUUCCAGAAGCAGUGCAGCGUCGGCUCCGUGGUGUGCACGGACCCGACCCUCUGCUUCAACAAUGGCAACUCUGAGGCCGGUGGUGCCUGUUGGGAGGGCAGCUCCGGGCCGGCGUCUGUGGAUUGCAGGUUCGAUGAAGAUGGCAGUGGCAAUGGCGGCGCGUCGCGGGAGAUCGAUGCUCCGGAACAACCGGUGCGCCCCAUGGAUGUCGUUGAGCUCUGCUUUCCUAGCUGAAUCUAUGAAUGUGCUCAAGGAUUGUUUGGGGUUUCGUUUUGGCAGUUGUUGCAUGAGAGUUGUUUUACAUUUUUGGUGAAAAUAUACUCUCAUGGAAUGAAAGGGCAAUCAGUGAAUAUAACUGAUAUAAUGUUCUUAUGUUUUGAUACUAUGCUUAUACUCAUAUAACAGCAAUAGAAGGAGGUUACAGUUAUACUCA